AUGCCUCCCGCAUCGCCGAUGGCAGACUGGGAUCACACCCUCUUUGCGGACCUUCAACAUCUGCUCGGCCGCGUCGUUGCCCAGCCUACCACCUCGACACUGCGGCGGCUGUUCCAGAAGCUGGACGAGGCAAGACCGUGGCUCGUCUGCUUGACCAACAUACCUGGACCGAGCGAGGCGGAUAAGCAGCGGAUAGAAAAAGGUCCGACCACCACACCCAAUGGCGCCUCAAUACAGCUCUCAGGCGACCUCCUCACGUCUGCUCAACAAAUAUCCGAAAAGCUAUCCAUCUCCCAACUCCUCGCAGCCACCCUCGUUCUCCAGUCCGAGGAAGAACGUCCGCGGUAUCCCUCUCGGUCCAACUUUGAGAUCGCCACCUUCACAUACCAUGAAUGGACGGGACAGAUGCUCGACUUUCUACGGGAGCUCCUGCGGCUGACGGCUCCGUCCGAGGCGGACCUGAGCCCGCCGUUCGACCAAUUACGGAAUUGGGUGGACGAGCUCCUUACUAUCCGGACACCCCUCGCGUCGGGCGGAGAAGGAACGCUCGUGGACCAGAUCAUCUCACAGCUGGACGUGGCGCAAGGGAGGAUAUCGAAGCUGCUGCAGGAGAGGUCAGGGUCGAUGGCGGAGUACGAGUCGGUCUCGUUCCGAAUAGCGGCGGUGCGGAGCGAGCAGUGCAAGAUGGCGGGGAUACUGGCGGGGAUAUGCGAGGCGGGGAUUGUGGGCAAGGCGCAGGUGUUGAGGAUGUUGAAGUGGUUGAAGAAGGUGGAAAAGGCGGAUGUAAUCAUGACGACUGUGCUUGCUUCGCUCUUUGCUGCUUUACGACCGCUGGAGAUGAUAGAUCCGGCCCAUGUGCGGUAUGAUAUGGUCGACGGGUGGAUUAGGGAUGUCAAGUUCUUGCGACUUGCAGCUAGCCAUGUCCUGCAAGAAGAGUGGAAGAUUCCCCAGUUGCGCGACGGGGCACGGCUAGCCUUCUGCAUGUUCUACCUCUCCGCCCUUCGACACGACGCGGCGGUCGCAACGACCGGUAUCGAAGCGCCUAUGGCGGAGCAGUUCAUCCUGGACGCGCUCGCAGGGGACGCUCUGCGAUUCCUGCGGGAGACUAUCCUGGCGAUCCGGAGAGAAAGAGGGCUGGAGGAGCAGGACGAGGCACAGGCGGCAGCGGAGGAUGCUCUGGUCAAGCUUGCCACUCGGUCGGACCCGGAUAACGACGACAUCAUUAUUCGGCAGAUCCAGGAACUGGUCGACGGUCUUGCGGUCAAAAAGAACUUUCUCCGAAACCUUCGGAAUAAGGAAGAGGACGUUUCUAUCCGGCGGUCCCAGGUCGCUCCCCCACCAACGUACUACCAGGACUUCCUCUGGCUCAUGGCCACUGUCUACCGGUCAUUACCGCCAGACAGUGCCGAGGACUUUUGGGACAGCACGGCCUUUAUCGGCGUCCUUCUCGACACGCGGGGCAACUUUCCCGGCCCCGCAUUCUGGGCGCUGUUGACUGCGCUGUCGACCGGCCCAGCGUGCGCUGCCAAGUGCUUUGAGCGGAUGAAGGAUUCUCGGCUCCCCUGGUCGGCCCUCUUCAAAUUCUACCAGCACUACUUUGACAUCCUCCCCCACCUCUUCGAACCCAUGAAAUCCAACCGGAGCGCCAGCCUCGACCCCAUGUCGCAGGAGGAAGUCGACAUCUGUAUCGGAUGGACCAAACUCCUCUCGACCGUCGUCCGGUACUCGCCCCUCGCUCGGAGCGCGCUUAUGCAGCAUAAACCACAUCCUCUGCAGCAGCUCUUUGACUUUGUCAAUUGCGAUAUCCCCAAUGAUCUCAGAGCGGCCAUUCUGGACGCCAUCACGGCCUUCUGUAGCCGGACGGGCGAGGCGGUAGAUGACGAUAUAAGGAACCGGGCGGUAGAGCACUUCGAGCGGAUAUCGUAUGCGGACCCAUCGCUCGAUAGCCGGUUCAUCGACCCCGCUCGGCUGCCUCCGCCGAUUGGCUGGAUAGCCAAGACGGAGUAUGCCGAGGUCGACGCCCAGACCUACCCCGUCACUCGCGCGUAUAUCCAAUUCCUCACUAUCCUACUCCCCUCCCCUUCAACCACACCAACUCGACUCGCACCACGCGUUGCCAACGUUCUCCGUCGAGGCAUACACUACGUCCUCGAUCGGAUCCUCCUCGUUCCUGGCGCCAGGCGAUACCUUAGAGAAGCGGAGCGAUGGGAAAUGCUGGAUGGGAUAUUCGCCCUGAUGGAGCGGGCGUUAUUGGCGUUCGACAUGUCUGACUUGGUCACACAGGUGGACCACCGGUCGGUCGGAGCGGUAGCUACGGCUCUGUCCGAGGAACCGGGCUUCACCGUCUUCCUCCGCGUACUCGGGGAACAACAGAUCUUCGCCGUGCUCGCCGGUCUCGUCGACAGCGCCAUGGCUGGUCCUUCACCCCGUCCCGCCCACAUCCUCCGUCCACUCCGCCGCGUUCUUCGAAUGUAUCACCGCAUCCUCGACGUCCAGCUCGUCUUCUCCGACGUCCUCCUCCUCACCCUCUCGGACCCUUCCCGUAAUUCCACCCACCCCUUCCGCCGCCCAUUAAGCCUGCAGAGUCUCGACCAAUACCUCCUCACCCACCUGUCCAACGUCAACGCCAUCGCCCUCUUGGUCGGCGAUGACGACCUCGCCGUCUCCCUCGUCAGUCUAAAGAUAUUACAGGCGCUCGCGACGUCGCCGGUGUUUAGCCGGAACGAUAUCUUCCGGGGCGAAUACUCGAGCUCGGUCAAUCGGCUGGCGGGGAUCAUCGAUGCAUCGGAUGACUCGAUCCGGAUCGCUCAGGGCUUCUGUACCCGCCUUGACGGGACAGGAGACACAAUGACAUCGGGCGAGAUCCAUGAGGUGGAGCGUAGGGUAUUGGCGGGUACAGGAGGGCAUGCGGAUAGGGAAGCACUCCCCAUCGUCAUCCGCUCGGCUAUCCUCGACCUCCUCAUCGAGGGGACUCACAGCGAUAUCUCGGGCCCCACCCUCGCUCACUUCCUCCUCGGCUUCGACUUUAAAGCUGGGGACUUUGGACUCCAAGAUCCUCGACUCCCGGACUCGAGGCUGUCAUGCCUGCACAUUGUGCUCCGGCAGCUCAGCGAGGGGUCGAGCGAGGUCUGCCUUGGCGACGUCCACCCUCUCCUCGCGGCCAAGAGCGCACAGUUGAUCCAUCAACUCUUCUCCCGGUCGGUCACUGGUAAAAGCACCAUGAGCUACGCGUCGUCCAUCUCGGGAUUCUCGGAACGCCAACUCACGGACUUGCCGCGGUACUGCCCCUCUGCACCGCGGGACGAUCUCCCCGGCGCCGGGAUCGCCCAGUCCGCAGCUGGCGAGGUCGGCACCACCGCCGAGACCCUCGUCGCUUACCUGGACUUCCAGAAGUGGAUCAUCGCCGCCGUCAGUCUUGACGUCUUUGCCUUCGAGGGCAAUGGGACGUCCGCCAGCGAGAUCGCCGAGCUGGUAUUCCACGGCACGGACGGCGCGGAGGACGGAGACGAUUCGGGCGGAUCACGGCCGCCUCUCAUUGUAGACGUUCUCGCCAAUAUCGACCUGCAGUGGCGGGAAGAAACCGAUCCGGCCGCGCAAAGCCGUGCGCUAGACUUUUUCGGCAGCUUCGAUUUCGACCAGUUCAAACGGGCCGACGUGGACUGGUGGGACGUCGAGGCGCUCGAAAAGACUAUGCGGUCUUAUCGGCGUCAUCUCCAAAAGACCGGCAGUCUCUCUACGGACGCGGCGGUCCAAGCUAUCGAGGCGGAAAUGACAUUCGUCCUGCAACGUCUGGGACAGAAGAACCGGGAGACGGAUAUCAGUCUGGCCAAGGGGUCAUUCUUGACUUCUUGGAAUGCGGCGCUCAAAGUCUCCCUCGCGAUGCUCUUCAAGUACAUUGCGGAGGAGCAGCAAGAGGUGGUUCUCUUUGAGCUGCUCGAUGCGCUCUUGGAUCGCCUAGCGGGGGAUCUCGUCUCGGCCACCGGUGUCCUAGAAAUUCUAUGCGAGUCGGUACUGGUCGUCAUGACUGCCCUCGUCAAUAUGCUCGGCGAGUUCGAGGGUGCCAAUCUCCCCGUCGACCGGUUGUCUGCGGCAUUGCAGGCUAUCGUCGAUAUCAUUACUCGGCCGGGAACGACCGAGAGCGCCCGCGGGAACCUGUACGCCGCUAUCGGGCAGUACCUUACCCUUUUGACUCCUUCGGCGUCCUUCGGGGAAGACGGAUCCGUCGCUGGAUCAGUCAUGACGGUCGGCACGGCCCUUCCUGGCCAACCGCUCAACCUGCACCGGACAACCCUGGCGGUCAUUGCCGCAAAGAAGGAUCGGUUCUUCGCUACCCUCUGCCGAGACGCCGCGGAUGAUAGGGACGUAUGGAAAACGGAAUGCUUUGCCCUUCUGGGGGCACUGGUGGGCGUGUGUCAGACUGAGCGGGAUCGGCAGGCAAUAUCACCCUUGAGUCAGGGAGGAUACUUGCCGCUCUUCUUGCGGAGUAUCAAGGACCGGGAAAUUGCUCUGCAGGAAUGUUUGUCUCCAAGCCCAGAAAAUCUACACGCGUACUGGGUAUACGAGUCCAAAAUCGCCUUCCUCACUGCCGUCGCGUCCACUCGGAAAGGCGCGGAAGAUCUCCUCGACGCGGGCGUUUUCGAGGUGUUUGCAAUGUGCGGCUUUAUGGCUGUUCAGCCCAUCUCGGAGGACGUCCUUGCCGAUCCGACGGUAGCGGAGAUUGUUAUCCGGCAACACCGGGUCCUCAUCUACGCGCUGCAGUUGAUUGUACGGGUCUUGUCGAGCCUCAACAAGUCGUCACGGAGCGGAGCGGGACAUGGAAUAAGUUUGCUCAACGCCCAUCGAGACUCGCUGCUUGUCUUACUCCGGGAGAACCAGAUGGCGGUCACGCUCACGGGGAUCGAGGAGACGCGGUUGAUUGUCUCGAUAUUGGCGAUGGUGGUCCACAAGGUGCCCGUGGAGGACUUGCGAUCACCGACUGGAUUUGGCGCGUUCCACCUCGGCGUUCUCUCCAUUGCUGCGCGAUUCUUUGACCAUGACGCCUGGACUGGCGCGCUGAUCAAUCCAAAUGAGACACAUGAAGCGGAGUCGGACGUCCUCGCCCUGAAUCACACCCUCCUCGUCUACCUCUGCGGCACCACCGCGGGUCUCAAAUCCGGAACUGCCACCCCCGUACUGGUCACUGGGGCGCAUCGCCAAUCCGACACUUCCAACAAAUACCUCGCCUCGGCGCCUUCGCUUCAGAUGGCGGUGGACCUUCUUGCAGAUCUGACGGAAGAUCUGGGGGACGUCGGCAGUGAUUAUGAGAUUGUAUUGGAGAGGAUGCAAGAUGGCGGAGAGCUAGAUGCGGGUGAUCGACUACAGAGCGGGGUGCUCAAGGAGGAGGCGGAUACCGAGACUGCUUUGGCUGCGUAUACCCAAAGAGGGCAGAUGUUGUUCAAUAUGAUCGAGUCGGUCCUCCUUCUCGUAUGGCGACAUCUACUCUUCUACGCCAAUGAUGCUCGUGGGGCCCAAGAACAUGUACGACCAGGAGACCUUGCCGCUUCGCUUGGCGCAUUUAGCGGGUCCCAGCUGGACGCGUCACGCUCGAAAGCCGGGACCGUGCGUGUAUUGGAGCGGAUAGCUGGUGGGCUGAGGGGAACGCUGGAGAGGCUGGACGAUGUGGAUGUGCAUCCCGAUCUGCAACAACGUAACGACAAGGGGGCGGCGUAUCAUGGGAUGUUGAUUAGGAGAGUAGGGGAAUUGAUCUCUGGGCUGGCGGGGGAGGCUGCAGAGCAAUGA